UUGACGAGCGUCGGUCGUGCCGUGUUGCGUUUAUAUUGUUGUUUGAAAGUCUAACAAUGCAAAAUAAUCGAAAAUCUUUCGAAAUUAAUUAGUCGGCAAGUUACUACUAUCGUUAUUCGUCAGAAUGCAUAUAUGACUCAAGAUACCAUUGCACGAGUCCAGUUAAUAGUAAAAUAAUGCAUUUGACACGCCGCCGCAGCCUUCUGUUUGAAUUGUCGUGAACCUUGUUGUGGAAUCGAUUUUUAGAUGUUAUUAAUGAAAUUACUAAGGUGCUUGUGGGUGAUAUUAUUAUAAUAACAAACUCGUUCUUGUGGUCUAUCGUCACACCGACUCCGGGGCCUAGCCGAGACUUGGCACAAUUCGAAUCGAUCGUGAUAAUAAAAAAUGCAUAUUUUUCCCAUGGUUUCAUAAAGGAUUCGUUCGAUACUGUGCCGGCACGAAACACAAAUAUUGCAAACGUAUAAACGUAGUGGAGAUAAUCCACAGUGACAUGUAAUUGGGACCACGAUCCGGUGAUCAACAAUAAAACUUGUGUGAUUACGUUUUCUCGCAAUAAAUAUCGAAGGUCGUGUCUGAAUGUGGUGCGGCUCGGGUCGGACUCGUGUGUGUGCUAUGUGAUAGAGUGUCGCCAACCGCCGCCAUGACGGCCCUGCUGCGGGCGCUGCUGCUCCUCACCACCGCGGUCUACUCCUCACACGGCGCGUGCACGUUCCCGGCGGAGUGGACGGGCAACUGGUUCCAGUCGGGCGUGCCCAACGCCAUCGGCAUCAACUCCACCCACAUACACAACAAGGGCGAGUGCGCCGAGACGGAGGCCUUCGACAAGUUCCUCCUGUACGAUAGGAAUUACGACUGCUACAAAUGUAUGGUUAUACACGAGAAACACAGAUACGUGCUGCAGUAUAAAGAGACGUUCUGCAGCCAGAAAGACUCGCUGUCGUCGAUAUGCGAGGAGAUCAGCGGGGACGCGCCGCUGUACUCCAUGUUCCGCAAGGACCCGCCGCCGACGCCCUCGCCCUGCCCCUUCCACCCGGCGCCCUUUACCUUCACGUAUAACAGGGGUUCCGGCGACUGCAGUAGCCCGCCGUCCCGCGCGGAGUCGUGCACGGACGACUCGCGGCUCGUGCUGCGGUACAUGGCCUGCCCCGACGUGCCCGGUACUGAGAGCAACGUGGAGGAACUCCAGUGCUUGGCGACGUGGAAGGAGGGCUCCACGCGGUACCUGGUGGGCAAGAUCUCGCAGGCCAAUCGCCGCAACACCAUCUCCACUGAUGAGGACAGCUAUAGGUGCUUCAUCUACAAGGGUCAGCGCGACCGCAACAUGACGUAUGUGAUCGCGCAGUCGGGGGACGCCACGUGCAACGGCCUGUCAUCCCCCACUGACGGAAGUCGCACCAUGAAGCUCACCACAAGCGACGACGAGCACAACCGCUGCCACUUCCCCAGCUGGAUCGUGGAGCACCACAAGUGGUACAGCCUCGACCACUCCCACCAGUACCACUUCACCACCAAAAACGCCACCCUCAAGAUAAUGACUGAGGACGGCAAGUUGGAGGAGAAGCGGCUGGUGUGCCACUCCAUCCUCGAGCAGAAGGACAAGAACACCAUCAAGCUCGUCGCACACGUCACAAAGGGAUGCGAGUCCGGUCACGUGUGCCUGCAGUUCGUGUGGCGCGAGCGCGGCGUGCUGCAGCUGUCUGCGGGCGGCGGACUGUUCGAGGCGCCGGAGGACGCCUGCGCUGAUCAUCAUGAUCCCAAUUAUAUCACGCUUAUUACGACCGCGCUAACGCCGACGCGGUGCCCGCUGAUCGGGCGCUACACGGUGCUCAGCUCGCUCGCCGACACCCGCCGGCGACGACAGCAGAUACAUAUAGGCGACCCGGAGACGGGCGAGCUGCCGCCGCCGGAGUGCGUGGCGGGCGUGUACGACGGGGCCGACAUCGGCUGCAGCGGCGCGCAGGACACCAUCGAGUUCAAGUCGCCCUGCACCAGCACCGCGUAUACCUGCUACGGCAGCUGGACGGAGGGCGGUCGCGGGUACCUGAUCGCCGCGCCCGCCACCGCUGCCCCCGCCCGCGCCCCCGCCAAACCCAAGACGUUCUGCUUCGUGUUUAACACCGCGCCGGCUAACGAGACAAUGUCAAUAUCGGCAGCGGCGUCGUGCUCGCGCGACGUGGUGCCGGGCCGCGACGGCGACCGCGCAUACAACCUCACACACAACGGGACGUGCGAGCAGAGCAGCAAGUACAACAGCGAGGGCGUCCGCGCCGGGCCCGCGCUGCUCGUGCUGGCGGCGGCGCUCGCGUUCGCGGCCACCAGAUGAUACCUAGGCCGAUAGACUAAGCCGCCGCACUCCCAGCCCUACGCUAUAUUCACACCCUAGAAUCUAGGGCCUAGAUACAUCUAGGUCUGCCUUGCCUGGAGUUAUGACGCGUAAAAAGCAGUAAGACCUAGCGCGCACAAGGCGGGCCCCUAGACGAGCAAUUUUAUUGCGCCAUAUCACGUAUUUCGUGUUACUGACCGUCUAGGGUUGAUAUUGAACAUCGCGCG